AUCUGGGUGCGCCCGGGCGCGCGGCGUGGCCAUGGCGCUGUUCUGCAUCAACAGGUACGGCGGGGAGGACGAGCGAGAGGAGGGGGCUGAGGCGGAGGAUCGGGCGCGGAUACUGCUCGAGCGGCUGCAGCAGCAGGCGAGGGCCCGGCAGCUGAAGAAGCAGCGAGAGGCGCAGCCCCAGGGAAGCCACGACCCAGAGAGUGCUGGGCUGAGCCCCGGGGGUGAGCCCGGCGAACGAAAAGGRAAGAGGAAGAGGGAAUCUGAAGAGCAGCCCAGUGCGCAAAGACAGAAGAAGCUAAAGACCUUAAAGCAUCAGCCCCGCAGCUCUUCGGAAGAAAGGGCAGCUACUGAGGAGGCAGUAGAUGGCAGCAGCCCCACAAAGAAGAAGAAACAAAAUAGAAGAAAAUCGAAAGUGCAGCGAGAGAGGACUGAAGCAGAUUCUGAAGAAGACAUCAACCAACAGGAAAGCAGAAACAACUUUAAAGAGAAAUCUAACAAAAAGAAGAAAAAAGAUGAGAAAACAGAAGGAGAUGAAACAGAGAAGAAAGAGAACACAGAAAAAGGAAAUCAAAGUACAAAGGAGGAACUGCCCUUAGCAGCCUCAGGGGAAGAGGCAAAUUGUCCACCUUCCAAUGUGAUGAUUCUUGGAGACUUCGAUGCAAAGCCUGUGCAGAAGGUUCAGCCCUUCUUACCACAGUGGCUUGCUCAACCCAAACGAGUGCAGAAACGCAUCAAAGAUAAUCUCUGUCCAAUCACAGAUGUGCCAGGAAUCCAUCCCCGGCUCUUGAAAAAGCUGCAAAUUAAUGGAAUAGAGUCCUUCUUUCCAGUUCAGGCAGAGGUGAUUCCUGCCAUUCUCCAGAGUGCCUGCAAUGGGUAUCUGAUGGGACCKGGAGGAUACCGCCCCAAGGACAUCUGUGUCUCUGCACCCACAGGCAGUGGCAAAACCCUGGCCUUUGUCAUCCCCAUUGUACAGGUUCUGUUAGAUCGAGUGGUUUGCCAUGUACGAGCUCUGGUUGUUCUGCCCACCAAAGAGCUGGCACAACAGGUGAGUAAAGUGUUCAACGUUUACACUGACGGGACAGGUCUGAAGGUCGCUUUGAUUACUGGCCAGAARUCUUUUGCAAAGGAGCAGGAGAUGCUUGUCCAGAAAAAAGUGACAGGCUACUGCAGCCUGGCUGACAUUGUUGUGGCCACUCCGGGGAGGCUCACGGAUCACAUUAACCAGACCCCAGGCUUCAGCCUGACGCAGCUUCGCUUCCUGAUCAUAGAUGAAGCUGAUCGUAUGAUCGAUGACAUGCACCAGAACUGUCUGAACCAAAUUGUCAAAGCUGCAUUCCAAGUAGAARAUGGCUCUGGCUCCAACAUGCUUUUUCAGAGGACCAAGCCAGGGCCUCUAACAGCAGCCAGCUGCUGCUCUCCUCAGAUCCCCUUACAGAAACUGCUGUUUUCAGCCACACUGACCCAGGACCCAGAGAAAUUGCAACAGCUGGAUUUAUUCCAGCCUCGCCUCUUCACAUCUGUGUAUUCCGAGAAGAACAGGGAUGGAACAGAAACUGAACAAGAUACUAAUAAUAAAUACACACUCCCUGAGGGGCUAUCGCAAUGUUAUGUGCCUUGUGACCUGAAUUCCAAGCCUUUGCUCCUCUUGUAUUUCAUGCUGAAAAUGAAAUUCACCCGCGUGUUGUGUUUUACCAACUCCAGGGAAGCCUCUCACAGGUUGUUCCUGCUGGUUCAAGCUUUUGGUGGAGUCACGGUGGCCGAGUUCUCUUCUCGGUUAGCUCCAAAUGAGAGGCAGAGGACCAUGAAGGAGUUUGACCAAGGAAAAAUACAACUGUUAAUUAGCACUGAUGCCACAGCCCGAGGGAUUGAUGUUAAAGGAGUGAAUUAUGUGAUAAACUAUGAUGCACCACAGUUCAUCAGAACGUACAUUCACCGGGUUGGAAGGACAGCUCGUGCAGGGAAAACAGGUGUUGCUUUCAGCUUGGUCCUUAGAAUUCAGGAGCGGCGGUUUCUGCGGAUGUUGAGGGAUGCUGGCAUCCGUGAUAUAAAGAAACACCCAGUGAAGGGAAACUCAUUGAAGCCAUUGCUGCAGCAAUAUGAGGGAGCUCUGUGUAAGCUGGAGAAGACAGUCAAGAACGAGCGAGCACAGAAACGAGCCUGAGUGAUGGAAGCUGAGAUGGCUGAUGUGGCACUGAUGCUGCUGAGUGSGACAGGACAUGGACUGUCACCCAGSACAGCAAC